AGCUACAGAAGACACUAACUCCUUUAGUGGCGCACCCCUAAGGGAACCGGAAAACGAUAUAGAAAUGAAAAUUACAAUUGGGCCCGAAGAUCCGAGGUCAUUUAUUAUCUCGCAGAUUGAAAAGUUUGAAAAAUUGGCGACGGAAUUUGCGCAAGCAGAUCACGGAGAACAAGCGCAGCUCCCAAAUCCCGAUUUGCAGACAGAGUGGCUGAGCCAGAAGCUCAAGUUCAUUCUGGAUGAAGUUUCUGCAGAAAAAAGCUCGAGUAUCAAGCCCACCGUCAACAGUAUCGCUGAAUCGAAAACCCCGUCUUUGCGCGUAUUAGAAACCGGCAUCAGCUUCACGAACCUUGUUGACUCCGUUGAAAAAUUCGAAAUCUACGACCAGGACCGCCAAGGCGAUGUCGGACACGUGAAAUCCAGGUAUGAGGAUUCAUCCGACCCUAUUUCUUCGAUUCAGGACCGUGUUCCUGGCCUAGAGGUCAUGGAUUUUUACAGCAGUGAUAAGACGAACGAGACAAAUUUUUCCGAGGAGCUGGACGCAAUUCUUUCCGAUCUACAGAACCAGGUCGACAGGAUGCGAAAGUACUUCGAGAGGGUUUGCAGGUCAGUGAUUCUUGACCGAGAAGAAUAAAAACUGCGUCAACUCCGGAAAAGAAGAAAAUAAGGUUAUUAAACCGCACGAUUAGAGACCGGUUUUUUCUAUAAUAUCCGAACUGUCAUGAAAAUAUUUUCAAGUACACGGAGAAAAAUUUCAUUUGUUAUAGUAAGUAGA